AUGGUUGAAAACCCUGAAGCUCAAACUGUAGCAAAUGAGGAAGAAGAACGGGAAGCAAUAGAAAGCUAUUUUCUUGCAGGAUACAGAUACGAAACGAUUUUAUGUUUUUUGUCGAAAUAUCAUAGCAUUAAUCAUUCAAUGUCAACACUGAAGAGACGGUUAAGGGAAUAUGGCCUGAAAAGGGAAAAUGCUGUUGACAUUGAUGAUAAUGAUAUCGUUGAAGCCAUUCAACAAGAAUUACAAGGUCCAAGUUGUCUGUCAGGGUAUCGAAGUAUGUGACAUACCCUUCGACUCAAAUACGGACUGUGUGUUCCAAGAGACAAGGUUCAGAGGAUUUUAAAGGAGCUUGACCCAAACGGCACCGAAGAACGAAAGCGGCACCGGCUUAAGAGGAGGACAUAUAGAUCGAAUGGCCCAAAUGAAUGUUGGCACGUCGAUGGUUAUGAUAAACUAAAACCAUUUGGCUUUCCAAUACAUGGAGCAGUCGAUGGAUAUAGUAGACGUGUUUUGGGUUGACAAGAACUAACAAUAAUCCAGUUGUAAUAGCCAACUAUUAUCUGGAAUGUGUAAAGGAACUUCAAGGUUGUCCUUGACUUUUAAGAACAGAUCCUGGAACUGAGAAUGGCACGAUGGCUGCCAUGCAGUGUUAUGUAAGAGCAAACGAUGAUGAUGAAAUCUUAUGGCUCUUCAACUAGCAAUCAACGAAUCAAAUGCUGGUGGUCUCAUCUUAAAAAAAGCCACACAACUUGGUGGAUAAACUUCUUUAAGGAUCUACGCGACAGAGGGGUGUUCUUGGAUGGAAACUCAUUUCACAUAGAAUGCCUAUGGUUUUGCUUCAACGAAGUCAUUCAGCAAGACUUGGACUUUGUCAAGCUACACUGGAAUACACAUCACAUUUGACCUUCGAGACAUGAUACCAUCCCAGGAAAACCUGAUGAGUUAUUUUUCCUUCCAGAACAUUCAGGAGGUGAAGAUCAACUAAUACCCAUUCUUCAAACACAGGUAGAUGAUGUUGUUUCUCAUUACCUUAUAACAUUUUCAGAAUAA